GGCCUAUAAAAUCAAAGGCAGCUAAACGCCAUAAUGUCGUAAAAUGAGUUAACUAUGGCGUCAUCUAGUUUAAUUAGUUGGACACGUUUUAGUGUAUUCAUUUUACUAACAAAUGCAGCUAAGUCCCUAGAAAAUUCAGUUCUAAAAUCGAUAUUGGCAUCAAAGACAGCUACAUGCCAACCAGUAAGAAUCAAAUACAGCUAUGAGUUACGCCUGCCAAUCAGAGAGCAAGAUUUCGGAGAAUCAGCAUGGCCGCCGCUAUACAAUUCAUGCGAAUGCGUCGUCCAGUUUUUGGCGUUAUUCUUGUGUUUGUAUUGAAUUACGUGACAAUUCUUUUGCUAAAAUUCGAAUUUGGAGAGCCAUGGAGGUCCUUGUAACAAGAGCAAGUGCGGGCAAGGCUCGUAAAAGAACAAGAAACCCCGAGAAUUGGAAAGCUAAUAUUGCUAAGAAGAAAAGGUACAUGCCAAAGAAAGCACCAGAACGAAUAAUCUGUUUACAUAAAAAUGAACACCUAAAAUGUUCAAGUUUGACAAUGACUGAUAUUAUGAAUUUCCACAGUUCGUUUUAUUCCUCAAGUAAACGUAGUGAGCAAGAUGCUUUGAUACUGAAGUGCUGUAAAACGCAGAAGGUAAAAAGAAGGCGUCCUACCAAAAGCAUAAGAUUGGGUAGAGACUUCAAUAUCAAAUAUAGCGUUUUCAGAGCUCGCCAUGACUGUAUUCCUGUUUGCCAAAAAGCGUUUCUGAGUAUACUUGGUAUAACAAAAUACCGAGUAGAGUACGCUUUAAAAAAUUUAUUUUAUACAGGGGAAAUUGCCAGAGAACGACGAGGGGGUAAUCGUAAGAUAAAUAAAUUUAAAGAUCAGAAGGAGUCCAUUCGAAAUUAUAUUAUGAAACUAAAAUGUAUCGAAUCGCAUUAUUGUCGAUCAUCCUCUCAAGAACGCAAAUACCUAUCUAGUGACUUGAAUAUAAACAAGCUGUACAAAAUGUUUAAAGACGAAAAUCCUCAAUCUGUUGUAAAACAAUCAUACUUCCGCCAUAUUUUUAAUAGUGAAUUUAAUUUAGGUUUCGGUACCCCUAAGACUGAUGUCUGCUCAACUUGUAUUGAAUUGAAUGAGAGAAUCAAAACAGAAAACGAUCGAGUCAAGAAAAAUGAGUUAAUGACUGCACUGAGAGUGCAUAAAUUAAGAGCAAAGGCGUUCUUCAAAAUGCUGCAGGAGCAAAAGGAUGAUAUGAUUACCUUUUCCUUUGAUUGCCAGAAAAAUUGUCCACUACCUCGAAUUCCAGACCAAAGUGCUUACUACAGUCGACAAUUUUACUUAUAUAAUUUUACUAUUGUGCAAGGAUCCUCUAAAGACAAGCUUAAUAAAAACACAACCUUUGCAUACACCUGGACAGAAAACGAAUUUGGUAAAACAGCAAAUCAAAUAGCAUCAGCCGUGUAUGAUCGAUUAAAUAAAACUAAUUUAUCAGGUAUCACCAUCAUACGCUUAUUUGCCGACGGAUGUGGUGGGCAAAACAAAAAUAGCAUAAUGCUAAGUAUGCUGUCUAAAUGGUUAUUAGAAAAUGUCUCUGUCAAACGUAUUGAAAUAAUAUUUCCCGUAACAGGGCAUAGUUUUAUGCCCCCGGACAGAUUCUUCGGCAAUGUAGAAAGGGUUCUAAAGAAGCGAGAAGUAAUCAUCCAACCAGGAGAAUACUGCGACAUCAUUUCAAGUAAUGCGACGGUCACGAAUCUAAGGGAUAUUAUAAUGUUAGACUUCAAAAGAGCCACUCAAGAGGUUUUUAAACCGACAGCGAAAUGGCCAUUCAAAAUAACCCAAUGCAAAAGAUUCAUUAUAAAAAGAUCGAAGAUCUCAGGAAACACACUUAUCCGCGGUGAACAGUUUUAUAAUUCAGAUACAAAUAAAGCCUUUAAUGUCUGCAAAACUGGCAAAAAUACAAGCAUGCUUCAACCUACCAUCAUUUCAACGGGAGUGCCUGUGACGCAGGCAAAAAUAACCGAUGUUGAGAAAUUAUUGGCAAAACAUUUUGGAUUAGAAUGGCAAGAAAGAGAAGAUUUACAAUUUUACUUAGGUAUUAUUAGAGGGCCAUUUGUUGAAGGAAAUCAAGAUUUAGAAGAAAGUUUUUGUGAAGGAAUAGCAGAAGAAUCACCAGUCUUAAGAAUAUAAUAAGAAUAAAACAAUACAAGCAAUUAUUUCACUUAAUGGAAAAUUUAUUAAAAUUUGUCACAAAAUAAUAUAGUUGUUUUUACUUUAUCGAACGUAUAAGAACAUCACUAAUCCGAAGAACUUAAAAUGGCGGCUGUUAUUAUCAAACUCAGUUAUAUCCAGUUACUCCGAAUCAAAGACACCUAUGUCCGAUAGUUGGAAUCAAAGACAGCUAAAUGCUAUUUUAUUUCCACUCUAUACUCAAAUAUAAAGGGAGUUUUAUUAUUUUAAAUUCAGAUUAUUAGUAAUAUUAUCAUUUUUUAUAAAUCUUGAUUAAAAUAUAGAAUAUUGUAACUACCUGAACAAAGUUAUCGAUUUUUGUAGCUUCCUGAAUAUUUGAUAGACUUGGAUUUAGCUGCCUUUGAUUUUAUAGGCCUCAUUUA